AUGAUGGAGAGGGUUCUUGGCCCAUUGCCUACACACAUGUUGAAGAAAGCAGACCGACAUGCAGAGAAGUAUGUUCGGAAGGGAAGGUUAGAUUGGCCAGAAGGGGCUACAUCAAGAGAAAGUAUUAAAGCUGUGAUGAAGCUACCUCGGCUUCAGAAUUUGAUAAUGCAGCAUGUAGACCAUUCAGCAGGGGAUUUGAUUCAUCUUUUGCAAGGGCUAUUAAGAUAUGAUCCAUUGGAGAGGGUAACAGCACGUGCAGCAUUAAGACAUCCUUUCUUCACCAGGGACAAUCUUAGUAGACGAUACUAACAAUAUCAAAACAGAAUAUGUGGUGGUCAAUCUGCACACAGAAGGAAGGAAGGAAGGAUGUUUUUGCUGUAGAUAUUUUUAUUACCCGUGAAGCUCAAGGGUAUGUUUUGUGUUCCUACUGCUCUGCUGUCACACAUCUCAUUGACCACCUUGAAGUCAAAUUUAUGUACAAACAAACAAACAAACAAAAUGUAGAAAAGAAAAGAGAGAGACCUAACUAACUCUUCAACUCUUCCUAGCCUAGGUGGUAUGUAUGGUAUUAUGAUAUGAUAUGGUGUUUUCAUGAUAAUCAUUCAAUCUGAUUGAGAAACCAAGCUUGUUUUCAUGUUUUGUACUAACUAUUGUCUAUUGAUGGUGGGUAAUGGAA